UUGUUGUGACCGCUCGCCGCCUCCAGCUGAACUCGGACACGUGAACAUGUCAGCGGGUGUUUCCUGACGAGCGACUGAGUCCCGGGGUCAGAUCCCUGACGACACCUCGGCUGUGGAUCCUCUGUCACUUCCGGCCUGUGACGGGUUCUCGUCCUGCUGCAGCUCUUGGGGGGGGGGGAGAAGACCUCAUGUGGUCUGAGUCGGUCUGAGCUGUGAACGUGUGACAGGCUGCAGAUGAUGGAGCAGGGAGGCUGCAGGACGCGGGUUCGGGUCAGAGCCGCUGCUCUCUGCGUCCUGACGCUGUGUUUGGGUUCUUUGCACGUGCUCGCCCUCAAGUCCCAACUUUUCACCAGGCUGGGGGGGUUCACCCCCCCCUCGGAGACCCCCAUCAACUACAGCACCCUGUACUUUGACCAGAGGAUUGAUCACUUUGGAUUCCUGGAGGAUGGCACGUUCAAACAGAGAUACCUGGUGGCCGACAACCACUGGAAACAACCCGGAGGUCCUGUUUUGUUCUACACAGGCAACGAAGGCGACAUCACGUGGUUCUGCAACAAUACUGGCUUCAUGUGGGAAAUUGCGGAGGAGUUGGGCGCCAUGCUGGUUUUUGCAGAACAUCGUUACUAUGGAGAAUCUCUGCCAUUUGGACAAGACUCUUAUAGUGACAGCAAACACCUGAACUACCUGACCUCAGAGCAGGCCUUGGCAGACUUUGCAGUUCUGAUUCAAAACCUGAAGAGCACUUUACCCGGAGCUCAACGCAGCCCAGUCAUCGCGGUUGGAGGCUCCUACGGAGGGAUGCUCGCUGCCUGGUUCAGGAUGAAGUACCCCAAUGUAGUUGUCGGAGCUCUGGCGGCCUCCGCUCCAAUAUGGCAGUUCCCUGGUCUGGUGCCAUGUGGCGACUUCUACAGAACAGUAACGCAAGACUUCGCCAGAAGUGGCUAUAACUGUGAGGCCAACAUUAGAAAGUCGUGGAAGGCAAUCAAUAACGUCUCCUCCACUGCAUCUGGUCUCCAGUGGCUGUCAGAAGAAUUCAGUUUGUGCAGCCCUCUCAAAAACAAGAUGGACGCCGUCGCCUUCAAGAACUGGCUUCAAGAGACGUGGGUGAACCUGGCGAUGGUGGACUACCCGUACGAAGCCAACUUCCUGCAGCCGCUGCCUCGCUGGCCGAUCCAGGUGGUGUGCAAGUAUCUCAGUUUGGAUUCCACCGCGUCCGACCACCAGCUCCUGCACGGCGUUUCUCAAGCAGCAAAGGUCUACUACAACUACACCGGCAGCUCCUCCUGCCUGAACACAUCGCAGACAGCGACCGGCAGCCUCGGGUUACUCGGCUGGUUUUACCAGGCCUGCACAGAGAUGGUGAUGCCCAUGUGCACAGAUGGCGUCCAGGACAUGUUUGAGCCCGAGGAGUGGAACUUCCAGGCCUUCUCCGACGAGUGUCACGCCAUGUUCGGCGUCAGGCCGCGGGCUGAGUGGGCAGGCGUCGUCUACGGGGGGAAGGACCUCGCUGCUCACAGCAACAUCAUCUUCAGUAACGGAGGACUUGACCCGUGGUCGGCCGGUGGCGUCACCUACAACAUAACAGAUUCUGUGGUUUCUGUCAUGAUCCCUGACGGAGCUCAUCACCUCGACCUGCGCUACAGCAACGACUUGGACCCUCCCUCGGUCCGAGCCGCCCGGGCGCUGGAGCUGAAGUAUUUCCGGGCGUGGAUCCAGCAGGUUCAAACUGAGUCAAUGCCCUGAUCUCUCAAAGCGGCACAAACGUCACCUGACUUGUUAAUCAGUGACGCGGUAUUUCACAGGGUUCUCUCUCCAAAGUUUGUCUUACUUUUUAAAUCAAUGUUGGAGAUUUUCUUUCAAAGAUCAAAUUAACACACAUUUAUCUACGGUUUUAAACAUCAGUAUUGAUUUUUAAAAAACAUGUAAAUUACUUAAAAGAUGUUCCUAGUAACGUAGCCAUUUUCAGUGCUGGAGUGCUUCAGUGCCCCAGGAUAACAUCUCAGUAUUUACUUUAUGCCAAAUGAUAUAUCUCCAACUGCUGGAACAUAGAAAGGUAAAUUAUUAGCAUGAGCCAAAAUGAAAAGUGUCUUAAUCACAAUGUUGUUCAGUUAAUAUCUUUAUAAUAGUUUGUUCUUGUGAUCAAAUAAUCAUCAAAAGACUCCGAUCAUCCUCAUUUUGUCUGAAGUUUGACAGAACCCGUCAUGGCCUCUCUGUCGUCAAGCUUUUAUUUUCUUUUAUCAGUGUUUCAAUCAGGGCGACAUUUCCUGUUCCAUCACAUCUUCAUGUCAUUUUUCUCAUUUACUGUCAUUGCUUCAAAUUGACACUCCUUAAGUCUUUGUUGAUAAGUCAUUGGUGUUUGUCUUUUUAUUGUAAUGUGCUUCUUUACACUUCAACAACACGUCUCAGGAGUAAAGUUGACACCAAAGACUUUGUAAAGAAAAUACAUUUUUUUUAAAAAGAUAUUAAACUUGAUUUGAUCAAA